AUGGUCAAGCCCAAAGUCAUCCCCGGAGACGUCGACACUCUGGCCCAAUACAGCCCUGAGGGGUGCCUGGAGCGGGAAGCUCGUAUAACCGCUGCACUGGAGACCCUCGCACAUCCUUUGAUCGUGUUUGACAGGGAUGCUGCCUUCGAGGCCAUGAGCUGGGCGCUGUACAAGACACGGAAAUUUGCUAGCAACCUGCGCAAGCUGAGUCUGGAGACUAUGGCUGCCCACCCAGACAUGUAUGCACGCUUCCUCGGCGCCGAUUUCCCAGCUUACCUGGCGUGA